AGAGAACACAUACCAGAAACAGAAGCACUUCCAUUCCCCGUUCCUCUCUCUCCCCUCCAAAUUUAUGUGGUUCCACACCUGCCGGAAGGAGGCGGGGCAAGGCCGCCCUCGGUCGGAAACUCUGAUCUCCUUCCCCGCUUUCCAUGGAGCUGCGAUCUCUAACCAUGGUCCUGCUCCUCCUCUUCCCGUUCCUCGUCCCCGCCGUUUAUCCCUACUCCCACCUCUCUCCCUCGCCGUCGCCAUUCCCGUCUCCUCGUCGCACGCUGCCGUCGCCGACGGCUGCUGACCCUCCGCCGCAGCUUCCCGGUAACAAUGACGGCCACCGGGAGCACCCGACGGGGGUGGGUGCAUCGCGGUCCGGGAACCCCGAGCGGCUCAAUCUCGGAGAGAAGGUGGGGUUGGCGUUUCUGGCCGUCGCUGUGGCGCUGCAGGUGGCGCUGGGGGCAUUCCUGGUCUUCAAGAAAUCGCAGCUGGGGAAGUUGGAGCGACGCGAACGGCGGAUGGCGGAGAAGCUUUACUCCGCUGCUUCUUUGUGAUGCUUUGAAUUGGGAAUCGGAGUUCUUACAGUUCCGUGGAUUAAAGUAUUCCAUCGGGCAAUUGGGGGAAAUUGGAUAAUUUAGAAUCCAAUUCCAAUCGCCCGAUGCUCGAUGAUCAAGGUAUGUCCUUUUCCUUCUUCGUGCUUUAAAAUUGGUGUAAAUUCGAUGUCUUCUGCUCUGUAAUCAGGCAAUGAUUGCCAUGUAUUCCACUCCCUACCACACGAGUACAAAAUCAAAUGGUAAAUGCCCUUUUCCGUUGUCUGUUUCAA